CACGAAGAUUUGAAAAAAAUGCUCGACGGCAACAAGGAAAACAUGAAGCUGGCAGCCAUGAAGCGGAUAAUAAGUAUGGUAGCUCGUGGCAAGGACUGUUCGGAUCUGUUUGCCGCCGUCGUAAAAAAUGUCGUCUCAAAGGAUCCUGAGGUACAUUCUUUUGCCGUUCGUCUGAAGAAAUUAGUUUAUGUCUAUCUCACGCGGUACGCCGAGGAACAGCAGGACUUAGCCCUCCUCUCAAUCGCAACUUUUCAAAAAUCGCUCAAGGACCCCAAUCAACUCAUACGCGCCUGUGCCCUUCGCGUCCUCUCCUCCAUUCGCGUGCCUGUCAUUGUGCCCAUCCUGAUGCUGGCUAUCCGAGACGCCGCGUCCGACCUGUCGCCUUACGUCCGCAAAACUGCUGCUCACGCUAUUCCCAAGCUAUUCAGCCUGGAUCCAGAGGAGAAGGAGACGCUGAUCGACGUAAUUGACAAGUUGUUGGCGGACAAAUCUACCCUCGUCGCUGGCAGUGCUGUUCAGGCCUUUGAGGAAGUCUGUCCGGAUCGAUUUGAUCUCAUACACAGGCACUUUCGAAAACUCUGUAAUCUUCUGAUGGAUGUUGAGGAGUGGGGUCAAGUUGUCAUUCUCGGCAUGCUCACCCGUUAUGCCCGCAUGCAGUUCCCCAAUCCAGCCGCCAAGUCGGCUGAGGACAGUCGUGCAGCCAAGGAAACCUCUCCUGCUGCAGCUGGUCCCAGCACAAACCAGCCUGCGGCUCAAAAGGGCCUGUCUUAUGUGCCAGGCAAGUUAAAAAUACGCGAAAUGAAGAAAGAGGAGGAAAUUGACGCGGAAGAGGAAGAUGAGGAAGAAGAGAAGGAGGAAGAAGACGAUGAAGAAGAAAAAGAGGAAGAGGAGGAGAGUGAAGACCUGAAGACAGAGUCUAGCGAGGAAGAGGAGGCGGAGGAAGAUGAACGGGAGCCCUCGCCCACCGGUGGCAUGUCCCCGGCUGAAAUCCAUGCCCUUACCAUUCUACAUGCCGACUACCGUCUCCUCAUCUCCUCUUGUCGAUUACUGCUACUCAACCGAAAUGCUGCAGUCGUUAUGGCAACGGCUCAACUCCUCUACUACUGUGCAACAAAACAGGAGAUGCCCAGCGUUGUGCGAGCCCUACUGCGCAUUCUUCACUCAACAAAGCAAGUGGAGGUGCAGCACGUGGUGCUCGCCAACAUUGCCACCAUCUCUCUCACCUACCCCGAACUCUUUGAACCGCAUCUGCGAAACUUCUUCGUCUUUAACAGCGAUCACACGCAGGUCAAACUCUUCAAGUUGGAAAUCCUGACUAACCUCAUCUCGGAGGCAACUGCUCCGAUCAUCUUGCGCGAGUUUCAGCUCUCUUUUUCUCUUUGCUUUUAG